CUUGAGGUAUUUGUGAGGCAGACUGGAAUGCAGACACUCCACAUUAGCCUGCAAGGGCGUGGAGGGAACUCUGCCUCUGGCUCCGUCUCUGCCCGUGUUGCUUGACGCUGAGAAGCUGAGCCUCGGCACAGAAAAAAAGGCACAUUAUUGGACUGAGGAAGACACAAAUUGUUAUCCAGGGAGAUGGCAGCAAAGAUAUCAAAAGAGGAGCUGGAAGAGCUGCAUGAAGCCUUUGGGAGAGUCGAUCUGGACAACAAUGGCUAUAUCAGUGACUACGAACUCCAUGACCUAUUCAAAGAGGCCAAUCUCCCUCUCCCGGGGUACAAAGUUCGUGAGAUCAUCCAGAAGCUGAUGGUGGAAGGGGACAAAGACAAGGACAAUAGGAUUAGCUUUGAUGAGUUUGUUUCAAUCUUCCAGGAACUCAAAAGCAGUGACAUCGCCAAGACCUUCCGUAAGGCCAUCAACAGGAAAGAGGGCAUCCUGGCCAUUGGGGGCACUUCUGAGUUGUCCAGUGCAGGGACGCAGCACUCGUACUCAGAGGAAGAGAGGUUUGCCUUUGUGAAUUGGAUCAACACAGCUCUGGAAAAAGACCCUGACUGCAAGCAUGUGCUCCCCAUGAACCCCAACACGGAUGACCUCUUUAAAGCUGUGGGGGAUGGCGUUGUGCUGUGUAAAAUGAUCAACCUGUCAGUCCCUGAUACAAUUGAUGAGAGGACCAUAAACAAGAAGAAGUUAACCCCAUUCACAACACAGGAGAACCUCAAUCUGGCCCUGAACUCCGCCUCAGCAAUCGGCUGCCACGUGGUGAACAUUGGAGCCAUGGAUUUGAGGGAAGGGAAACCCCACCUGGUGCUGGGCCUGCUCUGGCAGAUCAUCAAGAUUGGCUUGUUUGCUGACAUCGAGCUGAGCAGGAAUGAGGCACUGGCAGCUUUGCUGCGUGAGGGUGAGACCCUGGAGGACCUGAUGAAGCUCUCCCCUGAAGAGCUGCUCCUGCGCUGGGCCAACUUCCACCUGGAGAAUGCUGGGUGGCACAAAAUCAACAACUUCAGCAGCGACAUUAAGUUCUCAGACUUCUCAAACUCUAUAAAGGAUUCCAGGGCUUACUUCCACCUCCUGAACCAGAUUGCUCCCAAAGGCCUCAAAGAGGGCGAGGAAUGUAUCGACAUCAACAUGGCUGGCUUCAAUGAAAAAGAUGACCUGAAAAGAGCUGAGGCUAUGCUGGUCCAAGCCGAUAGGCUGGGUUGCAGACAGUUCGUCACCCCUGCUGAUGUGGUGUCUGGCAACCCCAAACUCAAUCUGGCUUUUGUGGCCAAUCUCUUCAACAAAUACCCAGCGCUGACAAAACCUGAAAACCAGGACAUCGACUGGGGCCUGCUGGAAGGAGAGACCAGAGAAGAAAGAACAUUCCGGAACUGGAUGAACUCACUGGGUGUUAAUCCUCAUGUCAACCACCUAUAUGGUGACCUCCAGGAUGCCCUGGUCAUUCUCCAGCUCUAUGAGCGCAUUAAGGUUCCAGUGGACUGGAACAAUAAAGUCAAUAAGCCCCCUUACCCCAAGAUAGGGACCAAUAUGAAAAAGCUGGAAAACUGCAACUAUGCUGUGGAGCUGGGAAAGACUACAGCCAAAUUCUCUCUAGUGGGCAUUGGAGGACAGGACCUGAAUGAUGGCAACCCUACCCUGACCCUGGCUCUGGUCUGGCAGCUGAUGAGGAGAUACACCCUGAAUGUUCUUGAGGAUCUGGGAGAUGGGGAGAAAGUGAACGAUGACAUCAUUGUCAACUGGGUCAAUAAAACUUUGGCAGGAGCAGGAAAGUCAACCAAAAUUUCAAGCUUCAAGGACAAAGAGAUCAGCUCCAGCUUGGCAGUGCUGGACCUCAUCGAUGCCAUCCAGCCAGGCUGUGUUAACUAUGAGCUGGUGAAGACUGGGUGUCUGUCUGAGGGAGACAAGCUGGAGAAUGCCAAGUAUGCUGUAUCCAUGGCCAGAAAGAUCGGUGCUCGAGUUUACGCACUGCCUGAUGACCUGGUGGAAGUCAAGCCCAAAAUGGUCAUGACUGUUUUCGCCUGCCUGAUGGGCAGAGGGAUGAAGAGGGCAUAAAAAAAGCAAAAUCAGGACCCCGGAACCAAUCAAAAGCUGACGUCUGACCUACAAGCCGUUUUGCUGGUUGAAAGGCUUCUGGUUGAAUGAAUUAGCCAUAAUAAUAAAAAAAAAAAAAAAAAAAAAAAAAAAUAAAAAAACAUACCAAAAUCGUGAAAAGUUUGGCAGAGCUGGGGACAAUGGGGUAAUGGGCAGCAUGGGAGGGGGGGCAAGUCAUUUUUACACCAGAAUGAUGAGACGGUUCUCCAGAUCUGAGAAGGUACAGGUGGAUACCAUUCCCUAUCUUAUCGAUGCAAGAUGACUCAUACAUAUCUUAUCUGCAUUGGACCCAAGCCAUGACAGUGUAUAGUAUGUAUUUUAUUUGCAUUUUUGAUUGUGGAGAAGUGUGCACGAGUGACUGGUUUAUGUUUUAAAUGUACAUCUCAAUUGAACUGUUCUGAAAGUCGUGCACCAACAUGGAGAUAAGCCUUACUCCUUGCAGUGUUGCUUAUAAGCAGUAGAAAAUCCUCUGUAAUAUGUCUUGAAUUGGAUGCUUAUUUUCCUAGUGUUUUAUACGUAUGCAAAGUUUACCAAAAACAAUUAGAAAACACGCAAUCAUCCUUUACAGGUAGAAGCUUUAUCACAUUCCAUAAUUAUGAACUCAUUUUACUAUGUGUCUUAUGUACAAGUAUACUCAAACAUUUUACAUGAAAAGGAUGAUUCAAACAAAAUGAUCUAUGCAUGAACAGUUUGGUUUUUGUUUUUUUAUUUAAAGCAAUACACUCCUUGGAAUUUGACAAACUUUAAACAUGUCACAAAUGUGUAAGAAAGGGGGGGAAAAUGAGGAAUGUACACAGAAAGUGCAGUUUGAUGUGAAAUCAAGCUUGUUUCUGUUGGUUCACUCGUGUGGGUGGGGAGGGAGGUGUUGGGUAUAACUGGAACUUCCUUGCCUUAUUGGAGCAUGUUGACUAUGGACAAAAGAUCGAGAUCAAAAUAUUGCAAACAAUGUCUAACUGGGAAGCAUCUGCAUUCUAUGGACAGAAGCUAGAGAUCAAUAUAUUGCAAACAAUGUCUGUAACUGGGAAGCAUCUGCAUUCUGAAAAUAAACAUGUUCAUAGUA